ACGAGUUGACGCGAUGUGCAGCAUUGUUUAUGAACAGGAUGUGCUGGAGGCGCCACCCGCGCAUCUGGAUGUGGCAUUCUUCACCGAAGUAUUGGAAACGGCGCUGCGUACAGCACGCAUCAAGCUGCUGGGCAUACAGCUGAGCAUGGGCAGCAGCAGUGGGGAAAACUAUUGCAGCAAAAUCUAUAGAGUGCGCAUGAGCUAUACGGAGAAUAAGGAUAGUCAAAAGAAUAUUAAGCAAUUGGCAUUGAUAGUGAAGAGCAUACCACGCGUAGACUCAAUAGAGUUCAUAGAGGAUUUGCAAGUGUAUUUGAAGGAGAAGGUUGUCUACUAUGAAGUGCUGCCACGCCUGGAGCUGCUCAUGCAAUGCAAGCGACGCUUUGGACCCAAACUUUAUGAAUGUCUUAAGCAGCCAGAGAGCACGCUGGUGUUUGAGGACUUGGGCCAGCUGGGCUAUAUUAUGGCUUCAAGAGAGCAAGGACUAGAUGAAGCUCAUUGUCAUCUGGUCAUGGAGCGGCUGGCGGAAUUUCAUGCUGCCUCCAUGGUGCUAGCUAAGCUGGAUCCUCACUUAAUUGAAGCCUUUGGCGAUGGCAUGCUCUCACCACAAGGUCUGGCUAGGGACGAUGGCUUGAUACUGCGCUUCUUUAGCGGCAAUGGUCAACAAUUGCAUACGCUAGUCAGUGGCUGGGCAGGCUUUGAGCGCAUUGCGCAGAAAAUUAAGAAACACAUGGAUGAGCAUCGCAAGCAGCUUAUACGCGCUCAAGCUCCGCUGGACAAUGAAAUCAAAGUGUUGAACCAUGGUGAUCUCUGGGUAAACAAUAUACUCUUCAAAUACAAUGCGGCGCAGCAGCUGCAGGACGCCAUCUUUAUAGAUUUCCAGCUGAGUGUUUGGGGUAGUCCUGGCAUAGAUCUUAACUACUUCUUCUACACCAGCCUCAGUUUGGAUGUGCUCAAGCACAAGCGUCCAGCGUUGCUAAAGACUUACCAUAAUCGUCUGACAGAAACGCUGUUUAACCUGGAUAUGGGCGUGGCAGUGCCAACUUAUGAGCAGGUGCUCAAGGAUGUGCAACGUCGCGAGAGCUAUGGCUUCUUUGCCAGCUAUGCUAUCUUUCCGCUGGUCAGCCAGGACAAGUCGCAAACAGGUGACAACGACUUGAAGAACUUUUCAGAUGCAGAAUUCGCCAAGAAGAAGAGUGAACAGCAAUUUGCUUCCCCGCGCCUGGCAGAAACUUUACGUUACACUUUGCCGCACUUUGAGCGCGCAGGUGUUUUAGAUUGUUAAACACUUACUGUAAAUAUAAGUUUAUGUUUUAUUUAUAUAUCACUUUUAUAAAUUAUA